GCAAAACCUGCGUGACCGAAACUCCCACACAUUUGCACAAUUUUUACUUAUUACUAACACACCCUCACAAAUCAUUUAAUUGCGUAAAGAGUCUAUCCGCUGUGCCUUUUGAUUGUUUUAUAUUACAAGCUCUUCACACAACAUCUUUUCUAUAAAAACAAAACAAAAGAAGACAAACUGAUUUCGGACUUGCCACUGUUUAUGGAAAACGAUGCAUGUAAAAGUAUACAACAUGAUAACAUGAUUUGAACGUUUAUUCGUUGCGAAAAUUCGAAUUCAAAGAAAAAGAAAUUCGGCACGCGUGUUAAAUUGUGAAAAAUUUGUAUUCUAAUUAAAUUUGGUUAUAUUUUAUGAAAAAAGUGAUUAAAAACGUGAUUAUAAAAGUGGUACAUACAUAAUUUGAAAAGAUGGAAAAUAUAUUUGACGAAAUUGACUUGGAGGAUUGUCCAACAACGUCUUCAACUCCCGCAAAAGACCAAUUACAUUUAAAGCGUAAAAAGUUUAACACGUCUGGUUGCUACAAUACAGAGGUCAGCAUUUCAAAACGACCUGUGGAAGGAAACGAGGUUAUUGACAUUUUAACCACUAUUUCCAAACAGAUUGACGAUUUGACGACGAAGGUAUGCGAAACUAAAAUCGAUAAGCAUUUAAAAGAAAAUAUUAUUCAUAAAAGUGAAGAAAUGGCGCAGCAAAAAACGGUUCAUGAAUGCAAGGUCCUCAUCCGCAAAAUUCAUCAAUCGGUAUGGCGAAUGACUGGUGAAGAUGUCGACAACGUUCAAACCGAAAUUGCUUCCACCCUACCAUUAAAUACGCUUGCUGCAGCUUUGGAAAUGGACGAAAAAUUGAAAUGUGACGAAUUUGCUGCUACAACGAAACAAUUCGUUUUGAGGAUAAAAGGUACUUCAGAUAGUGUACAUGAUGUGUUGCGAAGUCUGUACACUGAUGAACUUCUUUAUUUAUGAAACUGGGACGGUAGGGGUGGGAAGCAACCUCUCUCCAAACUCCUGCUGGUUUCCAACAUUUUAUACGAUUCAUUCAUAACGUAUGGAUUGGCAAUGUUCGAAAAACAAGUUCGAAAAGCCAUUGAAAUGAGCCACCAUAGGCACAAACAAAGAAUUUAUAGGAAGAGGAAAACUGAGGAGUGAACCCUUUAAAUAAUUAAUAAAAAGUUACAUGUAUUUCUGAUAUUAUUAAAAAUAAUUAUUUUAAUACAUACUAGAUUUUAAGAAAGCAUU